AUGUCCUUAUCCGCCUCGACUUUACCUUCAAUCAUCGCUUCCAAAAAAUGGUUCGGCUUCGACCUCGAUGACACCCUCCAUGAAUUUCGAAAAGCCUCCGCACAGGCUUCGCAAAGUGUAUUCGAAUCAAUACAUGCACAGUACGGAAUUGGCAUCGAUUCCUUGAAAUCAAGCUAUAGCCAAGUACUGCAAACAACAACCGCAGGUGCCUUUACAGAUGGACGUACGUCGACAGACUAUCGACGCGAAAGAUUUACGCGUCUUCUCCAAACUCAUGGAAUCAAUGACGCGAACCAAGACACUGAUGUCGAAUCCCUCUUGACUAUUUACAAGUCGUCCUUGAAAUCUAGCCUGGCCCUCAAAGCGGGUGCCCUUUCUUUUCUUCGAGCUAUACAAGACCGUGGCAAGAAGAUUAUCGUUGUAACCGAGGGCCCUGCUGAUGCGCAAGAGUGGACUAUUCGAGAACUGGGCUUAGAGCCUCUUGUGGAUGUGGCUGUUACCACCAACGAGAUUGGCAAGUCGAAAGUCGAAGGUCUUUUUAGUAUUGUGCUUUACAAGUAUGAUAUUAACCGCGAAGAGAUUAUUUACUUCGGUGAUAAUGCGAUUCGUGAUAUAAAGGCAUCUCAAGAAGAGGGUAUUGUCGCUGUGCUCUAUGAUGAGAAGCAGAAUAAUCAGCUUUCUGACAAGUUUUCAUUACGAAUCAAUUCAUGGAAGGCCAUGCAGGACAUACUCGAGCUAGAAAGUUAG